UAUGCGAAAGAGUUGAGGUGACGUGUACGGUAUUUUACAGUUUUCUGACAGUGGUUUUGCAAAAUGAAUGCAUUUAAACGUGACAAAAAGGAGGAGGAAGAUGGUGGGGGAAAUCCUUUCCAAAAUCUGGAAAAGACCACCGUACUGCAGGAAGCACGCACAUUUAAUGAUACUCCAGUCAAUCCAAGAAAAUGUGCACACAUUCUCACAAAGAUACUGUACUUGUUGAAUCAAGGGGAACAGUUGGGAACAAUGGAGGCCACUGAAGCAUUCUUUGCCAUGACCAAGUUAUUCCAAUCCAGAGAUGUUGUUCUACGACGCUUGGUGUACCUAGGUAUCAAAGAAUUAAGUUCCCUGGCAGAGGAUGUGAUCAUAGUAACAUCAAGUCUGACAAAAGAUAUGACUGGGAAAGAAGAUUUGUACAGAGCUGCAGCCAUAAGAGCAUUAUGUACAAUCACCGAUGGUGGAAUGUUAGCUGCCAUUGAACGUUAUAUGAAGCAAGCUAUUGUAGACCGUUCUCCAGCAGUUUCUAGUGCAGCCUUAGUUUCUUCUUUACAUCUGACCAAUGUUUCUGGAGAUGUUGCACGCAGAUGGGCAAACGAGGCCCAAGAAGCAUUAAAUUCCAAUAAUGUAAUGGUUCAGUAUCAUGCUCUAGGUGUUUUGUAUCAAGCUCGUAAGUCAGACAAACAUGCUGUAAUAAAGCUAGUUGCAAAACUUACGAAAACCAGUCCAAAAAGUCCAUAUGCUGCUUGCAUGCUAAUCAGAAUAGCUUGCAAAUUACUGGAGGACGUUGGUGAAGCAAUGGGAUUAUUGAGCUUCAUUGAAUCUUGUUUGCGUCAAAAGUCGGAAAUGGUGGUGUACGAGGCUGCGCAUGCAUUAGUAAACCUUGGAAGAAGCGGAGCCAGGGAAAUAGGCCCUGCUAUUAGCGUCUUGCAACUGUUCUGCGUAUCACCAAAACCAGCUUUAAGAUUUGCCGCGGUUAGAACUUUGAAUAAAGUCGCAAUGACUCACCCAGCGGCAGUUACCGCUUGUAACUUAGAUUUAGAAAAUUUAAUCACAGAUUCGAAUAGGUCGAUUGCCACAUUAGCGAUCACUACUCUUUUAAAGACCGGUGCAGAAAGUUCGGUGGAUCGAUUAAUGAAGCAAAUUGCUACUUUCGUAUCUGAAAUUUCUGAUGAAUUUAAGGUCGUGGUUGUCCAAGCUAUAAGGGCUUUGUGCCAGAAGUUCCCUCGCAAGCACGCAGUUCUGAUGAACUUCCUUUCUGCUAUGCUAAGGGACGAAGGAGGCCUCGAAUACAAAGCAGCGAUUGCGGACACGAUAAUCGCCGUGAUGGAAGGAAACGCUGAGGCGAAGGAGGCAGGUCUGGCUCAUCUAUGCGAGUUUAUAGAGGACUGCGAGCACAUUUCCCUCGCUGUUCGCAUCUUACAUUUGCUAGGGCAAGAGGGCCCGACUUCCAAGCAACCGUCCAGAUACAUUCGUUUCAUUUAUAAUCGUGUGAUUCUGGAAAGUGCCAGCGUACGUGCUGCGGCAGUUACCGCGUUGGCUCGUUUUGCAGCAGCAUGUCCACCGUUGCUGCCCAAUGUGUUGGUUCUAUUGUCUCGUUGUCAAUUGGACUCCGACGAUGAAGUUCGUGAUCGUGCUGCUUACUAUUGCGCCAUUCUCCAACAGCAGAACGACCCAACCAUUCUUCCCCUAGUACAACCCCCUCUGUUAUCCGUGCCUAGUUUAGAAAGAUCUUUGAAGAAUUACAUGCGAACACCUAUGGACGAUCCAUUUGACAUUUCCCAGGUUCCACCAGCACAGACUACGGAAGAACCACCGCAAAUAGAAGUCCACGCGACUGUGAAACAACAACAACCUCGUUUGACGAGAGAGGAAAGCUUCAUGGAAAAGUUGUCACAGAUACCGCAGUUGGCGAUGGCCAUUCAUAAUUCUACGCUGCUUAAGUCUUCGCCUGUCUUUGAACUAACGGAAUCGGAGACAGAAUACAACGUGAAAUGUAUCAAGCAUACAUUCACGGAAGUCCUUAUUCUGCAAUUCGAUUGCAUAAAUACACUUACUGAUCAAUUGCUGGAAGAUGUAACAGUAGCUGUUGAACCGCCGGAGGAUUAUGUAAUCAUCUGCGAGGUCCCCUGUGCACGUCUACCAUAUAACGAACCGGGAACUACGUAUACAGUAUUAAAAUAUCCAGAAGAUGUUCAGGCUAGUGUCGCCACUAUUCCGACAACUCUGCGGUUCAUGGCUCGAGAUUGUGACCCUGCAACAGGCGUUCCGGAUGCUGAACAAGGAUACAAGGACGAAUAUAUGCUGGAAGAUUUAGAAGUGACUCUAGCUGAUCAAGUUCGAGGACUUGGAAACAGGGAAUUAGAUUUCAAUGCUGCGUGGGCAGCAGGGGCAGCAAAGGGAUUUACUAAGUUUGAAGAGACUUUUAUUUUAGGUACUUCUGUAAAUACCUUGGAAGGCGCGAUCCAAAGUAUCACGGGAUUCUUGGGCUUAGAAGUUGUAGAACGAACGAAUCGAGUUCAAGCGGGUGCUGCAGCCCAUAAUUUGUUAUUAAGCGGCGUUUUUAGAGGUGGAAAACAAAUUCUUGCUCGUGCAAGAUUAGCAUUGUCCGGCACUCAAGUAACGAUGCAACUUUCUGUGUUGUGUCCAGACUCGGAUGUUGCUGAAUUAAUAAUUUGUUCUGUAGGAUAACUCAACACCUAAUCGUGUCAUUGAAUCAACUGUACACAUAUGCAUGUACCGAAGGAUUUCUUCUAUAAAAGUCGAUAAUCUAUGCCAGAAGCUCCAUAUUUUUAGUAUUAUAAAAGUAAUGUUGUGGUGAAACAAAUGAUCACGAAACCCGGGGCCGCUGAGUCUCUAUUUCUAUGUAA